AGAGAAAUGCACCUCCAAUUCUGGCCAAUUGUAGGCCUGAGAGCUGCAGCCAAGACCACCUCAACUUUGCAGUUGGUUGGUUAGUUCCGACACGGCGGGCCCUGUGGGGCAGAAGGGGAGACAGAAAGCUCCUCCUGAGCUCGCGCCAAGAUAACCCCGCUAUCGACAAUCCCACCAACUCCAUUUCACAUCACGUCACAGACAGCCCGCCGUUCCGUUAACCUAGCAAUUACACCAGACCACACUCGCAACAUGUCGAACCAAGACUACUACAACCAGCAGCAGGGCUACGGCUACAGCAAUCCGGGCCAGCAGGGCUACAGCAAUCCGGGCCAGCAGGGCUACAACCAGCAGAGCCCCUAUCCGCAGGGCCAAGGCCAGGGCCCACCUCCGAAUGCCCCGCAGCAGGUUCGUUGCACGUUGCACGUUGCACGUCGCAUUCGCAAUGGCAUUUGCAAUGGCCGUUGCGCGACGCGCCGGAUGCGCGGAAUGCGCACACGUAGCUGCGAAACUCUGCUAACUUUACUCUGGCGCAGCAGGGCGGCUACCCGUAUUCCCCCAACCCGAAGUACCAGCAAGGACCUCCGCAGGGCAACCCGUACGGCUCCCCACCGCCCAGCGGCUACCCCUCGCCGCAGCCGCCGCAGUACCCGCCGCAGUACCCGCAGCAGUACCCGCCGCAGUACCCGCAGCAGUACCCUUCACAGCACCAGCAGUUCAACGCGCCCAAUCCCUAUCCCUCGCCGCAGCAGGACCAGGGACAGGCGCAGUAUUACAACCAGCAGCAGCAGCAGCACCAGCAGCAGCAGCACCAGCAGCAAGGCCAAGGCUACGGCGCGCCCGGACAGUAUGCUGAGGGCCAGCCAGGCCCCGGACAAGGCGACCGCGGCAUUGGCGGCACGCUCUUCACCGCGGCCGCUGGCGCCGUGCUGGGCCACUCGGCUGCUGGCGGCCACGGCGGUGGCGGCGGCGGCGGCGUCGGCGUGCUAGGGACGGCUCUGGGCGCUGCGCUUGGUGGGAGCGGGGCCAAGCUCGGCAAGGCCAAGAAGGACAAGAAGGACAAGCACGGCAAGGAGGGGAAGAAGGACAAGAAGCACAAGAAGAAAAGCCACAAGGGGAGCGGCAGCUCUGGCUCGAGCGGCAGUUCGGACAGCAGCGACUCGGACUAGGUCUGGGACGAAGGCAGAACAGAGCCGAGAUGCAGAAUGGCGCUACCUGUAGAUGGCGGCGCUGGGUAUGUUGAUUUAAUAAUUUCCAGUUUUGCUUUGGACCUAUUUGUUCGCCCAAGUCUACGUGCAAGGUUUGGAAUAACUUGCCAUGGCAGAACUGUAUUCCCCUGCACGACAACUUGAAC